AUGGCUGUGUUGACGGAUCGUGUACACUGCAAUUUGGUAGAGCACCGCUCAAAAGCUCUUUUUUGCAGAUUUUCACGCUUCGCCUGCAGAAGUCGGCGCAGCGGUCCGGUCGUGUGCGCAGCAGUGCUACCUGAGCAACCGGCAAUCUCGCUGGAGAGGCCGGACCCGUUGUUUAGUAUUCCAAUUCCACAGCAUGGAAUUCAGACGGAUGCAACAAAGCUAGUCGGGAACACACCCAUGGUAUUUCUGAAUUCAGUGACAAAGGGAUGUCUCGGUCGCAUCGCCGCGAAGCUUGAAAGUUUCGAGCCAUGCUGCAGCGUCAAGGACCGGAUUGCGCUGAGCAUGAUCGACCGCGCUGAGCUCCAAGGGGAAAUCAAGCCUGGUCGAACUAUCCUUGUUGAACCCACGAGCGGUAACACGGGCGUCGCCCUGGCCUACGUCGCAGCAGCCAAGGGCUACAAGCUGAUUCUGACCAUGCCGGAAACCAUGAGCAUCGAGCGGCGGGUGCUGCUGCGGGCCUUUGGCGCGACGCUCAUUCUUACCCCUGGCCGGCUGGGCAUGACUGGCGCCAUCCGCAAGGCGGAGCAGCUUGUGCAGUCUACCCCCAACGCCUUCAUGCUGCAGCAGUUCGACAACCCCGCCAACCCCGAAGUACAUUACCGCACCACGGGCCCUGAGAUUUGGAGGGACACGGCGGGCCGGGUCGAUAUCUUCGUGGCGGGAGUGGGCACCGGCGGAACUAUCUCGGGUGUAGGCCAGUACCUCAAGGAGCACAAGCCCGGAGUCCAGCUGGUGGCGGUGGAGCCUGCUGAGUCCCCGGUCAUCAGCGGAGGCGCACCCGGCUACCACCAGAUUCAGGGCAUUGGUGCGGGCUUUGUGCCCAGGAACCUUCGGGUUGACCUUCUUGACGAGGUCCUUAAGGUGAACAGCAAUGAGGCGGUUGAGAUGGCCCGACGGUUGGCAGUUGAGGAGGGGCUGCUGUGCGGCAUCUCCUCCGGUGCCGCCGUGUGCGCCGCCAUCCGCCUGGCUAAGAGAGUGGAGAACCGCGACAAGCUGAUUGUGACGGUGCUACCAAGCUUUGGAGAGCGAUAUCUGUCCACAGGUGGGCGAUACCACCCUUCGCCGGGUAGUUGUGGCGGUGUGGUAAUGUGGCAGGGGGGAAGAAAGAGGUGA